AUGCAGACCCCCAAAGCAAGAGCCAGCUCGUCUGGUACUACCACCCCACAGAAAAAUAACUCGCCUCGAUCUUCCGAGGCAUCUCAAAAGAACAACACGACCCCACCAUCUAAACUGGCUAUUAGUACCUCUGAAGUUGCUCAGAAGGUUUCUCCACGAGUCGUUCGGCAGCUCAAGACAGGGCCUCGUUAUUCAGAUCACACUGCAUCCUCAGCCAAUCUAGCAACUAAGCCACCGAAAGAGAGAAGUCCUAAAGUGGCCGAUCACAAACCGCCCAAUAGCCCAGCUUCUGAGAAAAAGCGCUCGACCCGAGUCUCUGAGCUCGAGAACCAGAUUUCUCAGCUCGAGAAUGACCUCAAGCUCUUGAAAGAUCAACUCCGCUCGACCGAGGAACUAAAGGAGCAAGCCGAGAAAGAAGCCGAGCAAUCCAGACAACAGCUCUCGGCACUCCAAAACCAGAUUUCCGACAAACAAGAAACCCACACUUCUGUCCAAACCGAGCCCGAGCCUGAGUCCGAACCCGAGGCCCAUCCAGAAAACCAGGAAAACGAGCUUAACAAGCUGAAACAGAACCUCUCCGAAACACUCGCCCUCAUUGAGGACAUGAAGGUACAGCUCACCGACAGCAAGGCAUCCGAAAGUCGAGCCCACUCGCUCGCCCAAGAAACUCUAACCCAGCUCGAGGCCGCGAAAAAGACGGUCGACACUCUCAAGUCAGACGGGCUCCGAGCCGCCGAGGCCCACGACGCAUUGGCCCGUGAACUCGAAAGCUCGCGGGCCCGCAUAAGUUUCUUGGAGGCCGAGCUACUGAAAUCGGACGAGGCGGCCGAGAAGGCGAAAUCGGAGUGGGCCCAGAGAGAGGCUGAGCUGGAAUCCGAGCUGCGGAAAUCGAGGUACGAAGUGGAGGAACUGAGGGCGAAUUUGAUGGACAAGGAAACCGAACUGCAGGGCAUAUGGGAGGAAAACGAGGGGCUUUCGGUGAGGCUCGAGAGCUCGGUGUCCGGUCAAGGGUUGACCGAGCUGCGGAGGUCACUCGAUCGAUCGAGAGGGGAGGCAGAGGAGCUGAGGGCUCGACUGGCGGAGAAGGAGGCUGAGUUUCGGGCCAUGUUGGAGGUGAAAGAGAAAGAAGAGAUUAAUGUAGUUGAGGAAAUCGAGGCGGUUAGGACAGCCGAGAGGGCGGCUGCUGAGGUGGCGAGGGCGGAGAUGGAGGCGGAGGUGAGGCGGAUGAAAGUGCAGACGGAACAGUGGAGGAAGGCGGCAGAGGCUGCUGCUGCCAUGAUAUCGGCCGGAAAUAAUAAUAAUAUUACUAAUUAUAAUAAUAAUAAUGAUAAUGGGCAGGUGAUGGAGAGAACGGGCUCGAUGGAUAGUCAUUACGGGAGUCCGAGAAUUGGGAAAGUGGGGUCGCCUUAUGUGGAUGAUCUUGAUGAUGAUUUGGUGAAGAAGAAGAAUGGGAACAAGACGAGGAGGUUCGGGUCGUUGUGGAAGAAGCAGCAGAAGUAG